AUUAUAUCACAAAAGAUGUUAUUACGAACAUUUUUCAUGAUCGGAUACUUUGCAUCAUGGAGUGCAUACCCAGACAUGGGAUACAGCGUCGACCAGCUUGAUCCGACAAAACUCUCGCACGUAAUGUAUGCAUUUGCAUUGCCGUCAAAAACCGGCGAGGUAUUUCUCCCGGAUCCUGAAAUAGAUUACGGGGAUACGAGUGACGGUAUAUUAAGGGGUAACUUAGGAAAGUUGUGGAAACUGAAGCAUAAGAAUCGACAGUUAAAGACUGCGUUAUCGAUCGGUGGUGAAGAUGGUAGCGCAAAUUUCUCGAGCAUAGUUGCUAGUUCGUCGAAAAGAGAUAAAUUUAUUUCGACGUCGAUAAGUUUGAUGAAUGACUUAGGAAUGGAUGGGCUGGAUCUAUAUUGGGAAUUUCCAAAAAAUGAAAGAGAAGCUAAAAAUUAUGUGACUCUGCUGCAAGAGCUAAGAAUUGCAUUAGACAUAUACAAAAUAAUCAAGGGCGAAAAAGAAAAAUAUCUGUUAUCA